GGGCCUUUGACAAGCACGAGCCACACGCCAUGGCUCGAGAGCUCAAGGUGCUCGGCGCGCUGGACGCCGCCAAGACGCAGUGGUACCACUUCACGGCCAUCGUGAUCGCGGGCAUGGGCUUCUUCACCGACGCCUACGACCUCUUCUCCAUCUCCCUCAUCACCAAGCUCCUGGGCCGAAUCUACUACUUCGACCCGAGCUCAGCCGCGCCGGGCUCGCUCCCGCCCAACGUCUCCGCCGCCGUCAACGGCGUCGCCUUCUGUGGCACUCUCGCCGGGCAGCUCUUCUUCGGCUGGCUCGGCGACAAGAUGGGCCGGAAGAAGGUCUACGGCAUGACGCUCAUGAUCAUGGUGCUCUGCUGCAUCGCCUCCGGCCUCUCCUUCGGGUCCAGCGCCCACGGCGUCAUGGCCACCCUCUGCUUCUUCCGCUUCUGGCUCGGCUUUGGCAUCGGCGGCGACUACCCGCUCUCCGCCAGCAUCAUGUCUGAGUACGCCAACAAGCGCACCCGUGGUGCCUUCAUCGCCGCCGUAUUCGCCAUGCAGGGGUUCGGCAACCUCACCUGCGGCGUCGUUGCGAUCAUCGUCUCGGCUGCAUUCAAGGAGCGGUUCGACGCGCCCGCGUACAGGGACGACCGGGCCGGCUCCACCGUGCCGCAGGCCGACUACGUGUGGCGCAUCGUCCUCAUGUUCGGCGCCGUCCCGGCGCUCCUCACCUACUACUGGCGCAUGAAGAUGCCCGAGACGGCGCGCUACACCGCGCUCGUGGCCAAGAACGCAAAGCUGGCCACGUCCGACAUGGCGCGGGUGCUCAACGUGGAACUCGUCUCCGACGAGGCGGAGCAGCCAGUGCCCGUCGGACACGGUGACCGCGAGCAGUUCGGGCUCUUCUCCAAGGAGUUCGCUCGGCGCCACGGCCGGCACCUGCUGGGCACGACGGUGUGCUGGUUCGUCCUCGACAUCGCCUUCUACUCGCAGAACCUGUUCCAGAAGGACAUCUACACGGCGGUGGAGUGGCUGCCCAGGGCGGACACCAUGAACGCGCUGCAGGAGAUGUUCAAGAUCUCGCGCGCGCAGACGCUGGUCGCGCUGUGCGGCACCAUCCCAGGGUACUGGUUCACGGUGUUCCUCAUCGACGUCGUCGGCCGCUUCGCCAUCCAGCUCGGCGGCUUCUUCUUCAUGACGGCGUUCAUGCUGGGGCUCGCCGUGCCGUACCACCACUGGACGACCCCCGGGAACCAUGUGGGCUUCGUCGUCAUGUUCUCGCUCACCUUCUUCUUCGCCAACUUCGGGCCCAACUCCACCACCUUCAUCGUGCCGGCAGAGAUCUUCCCGGCACGGCUGCGGUCGACGUGCCACGGCAUCUCGGCGGCUGCCGGGAAGGCGGGCGCCAUUGUGGGGUCGUUCGGAUUCCUGUAUGCUGCCCAGAGCACUGAUUCCACGAAGACGGACGCCGGGUACCCGCCUGGCAUCGGCGUCCGUAACUCGUUGUUCGUGCUCGCCGGGUGCAACGUGGUCGGGUGUCUGUUCACGUUCCUCGUGCCGGAGCCCAACGGGAAGUCGCUGGAGGAGCUCUCAGGCGAGAUCGAGGAGGAUGACAUGCCCGAAGACACGCCAUCUGCAGCAGCCCGGGAAGAGAGGAGCACGCCGGCACCCGCGGCUUCAUAGAUGGCUUGAUAGAAGUUACAAUAAUGGAAUAUGUAUGCGUUACCACUGCUAAUAGGUGUACUCUUCGGAGUCAAUUACACUGGUGGUGCCGGCGUGUAAAAUAAUAGGUGUACCUUCGUUUUGUUUUAUUUACUUUGCAUACUAGAUAAUACUGGGCACUUAGUUGA